GCAGGUUUGUAAAAGUUGGUUUUCUCCAUCUAAAGGGAGAAAUAAAAAUGUAUUUAAAUGUGUUUUACAUGAAGGCGCUGACGUAGUUAUCAUAAAUGUUAAACUGUCAAAGCCACAGUAAGGAUGGUAGAUGAUCAAGUUUAAACCUUGAUAUAUUUCAGACAUUGGUCACUAGGUGGCAGCAAAGUUCCUCUGCAUUGCCUCAGUGUGUAAGAUGAAAACUUAAAAUCCCACUCUUGUUCUCUUGAAUGAGCUUUUUUAUGAUAUUUCAGUCCUCAGAAAUUCAUCAUCAUAAGUUAAGAGAACAAACGGCCCUGUUAUUUUUCUGUUUACAAAUAGAGAUGAAGAUUAAAGCGCUCUGAAAAUGUAAGUGCUUCUAAACAAAUGUGAAAAGAUUCAUGGAUACAGAUAAUCUGCCAAAUUCUCAUCUGACAAAUAUAUUACAGCAAAUUUGUUGUUUUUUGGGGGUUUUUUUCUUUGUAGUAGACUGAAAAUUUAGUUUUAAUGCUCUUUAAUGCUUCCCACAUACAGCUAUGCUUUACCAACAAAGAGCACAGAGGUCAUGCUGAUGCAGGAGCAAGGCACCAAGACGUAUGUCGAUGCUGUCCUCAAGACUCACCACCGAGUCAUUAAGGUAAGAACUGGCUUGUCUUUUUUGGUGCUUUCAGCUCAAACUGCAGGUGCUGCAGGUGUAAUGAGAGGUUUUAAAGACCUAACUGCUAACAGUGUUAUUAAUUUUUGUCCAGCUGAGCACUCUGAACGCCGCGCUCACACCGAAGCUGAUUUCCAAGCACGGUUCAAGGCGCGUCCAGAGCUGGAGGGGCUCAUCGCUCAGAUGAAUUAAUAACUUUCACCAAGUAUCAGCACUACAGUACUUGUACGACAACUAAUUUAUAGCGCAUAGCUCAUUCCUCAAUAACAUCCCCUAAAAACUAAUUUUUCUGCUUUUAGAAAAACAAAAUAGUGUAGACAUUUCUAUUUGUCUUUUUUUGGGGGGAAAUAAAACCAUACUCACUUUUUUCCAGCUCAAAACUUUUUUUUAAUUAUUUAAUCUACAAAUUAUUCUGCUUCAUUGACAAGUUUGAACACUAAACGUAGGCAAAAUAUCAUUUUUCACUUUUAAUUAAAACAAACUAGUUAUAAUAAAAUGUGAGUUAUAAUAAUUAAGUGUUUAUUUAAAUAUUUUCUCACCUUCUGAAUAAAGAUUAACUUCCAUUUCCCAUCUUGUAGAAAACAUAAAACACAUAAAAUUACAAAGACAAAAAAAGGUAAAAUAUUAUUAAAAAAGGCAUUUUUUAAACUU